GGAAGCACAUCCCACAAGGUGAACUGCUGCGUAUUCAUCUUUCAUAUCUCUUGAGUCUUGAAGAUGAUGAUUUUUGUAGUAGCCGUGGUACUUUGCCUCUCACCACAGGUUUGGGGUCUGUCUGAUGAUUGCCAGAGCUCAUUACAGAAACUUGACUGUGGAUACGUGGGUAUCAAUCAAACGCAAUGCGAAGCUAAAAACUGUUGCUGGGUCCCUGUAGAUCCAAACCCCAACAAUGUCCCCUGGUGUUUUCACAAGACAGGGCCCAUACCUCACUACACAGUUGAUGACAUUGAGAAGACUGCCCUUGGAGUAAAAAUUACACUCAAGACAAAUGCUUCAGAUUCUCCAACAUAUGGGACACCUGUUAAUCCAUUAGUGGUGGAGAUAUCAGAACAGACUGAGAGCAGACUUCACAUCAAGAUAUAUGACCCUAACAAUAAGAGAUGGGAGAUACCAACAAGUUUCUCCCCUGCUCCAUCAGAUCCUUCAACUUCUCCAUCAUCAACUCUCUACACAUACAAGUAUCCAGAUAAAGGAAGCGAUUUCUCAUUUUCAAUAAUGAGAGAUGGAGGUGAUGUACUCUUUGAUGCCUCAAACUUGCAGUUUUUUGAUCAGUAUCUGACAUUAAGUACAAAGCUUCCUGCUAGCAGCAAUGUAUACGGUAUUGGUGAGCAUGUGACUCCUUAUCUGAAGCUUCAGCCGAGAACUUACACUCUCUGGAACUUUGACACCGCUACACCUGAACUGCUCAACCUCUAUGGUUCGCAUCCAUUUUACCUUGACCUGAGGCCACCAGGCAAUGCCCAUGGAGUAUACUUAAGGAAUAGCAAUGGUAUGGAUGUUGUAUUGGCAGAUGAUUCACUUACAUACAAUGUCAUUGGAGGCGUUCUUGACUUUUAUUUCUUCCUUGGUCCAAAGCCUGAGGCUGUCAUUCAGCAAUACCAAGAGGUCAUUGGCCGACCUCACAUGCCACCGUACUGGGCUUUAGGGUUUCAUCAGUGUCGGUACGGAUAUAAAAAUGUUGAGGAACUGGAGGCUGUAGUUGCUGGAUAUAAGAGCAGUCAGAUUCCCCUUGACACUAUGUGGAGUGAUAUUGACUACAUGGAUCAAUAUAAAGAUUUCACUCUUGACCCUGACAACUAUGCACUUGAUAAAAUGAAACCAUUUGUGGACAGUUUGCAUCAAAACGGGCAGCAAUACGUCCAUAUAAUUGAUCCUGGUAUUAAAGCACAGCAGGGAUACGACCCUUAUGAUAAAGGCAUACAAAUGGAUGUCUUCAUAAAGGAUAGCAAAGGAAAGCCAUUGACUGGUAAAGUAUGGCCAGGGAUUACUACCUUCCCUGACUUCUUUCAUCCAAAAGCUAACCAGUAUUGGGAAAAUAAUAUUCAAAGCUUUCGUACCAAUUACUUCCCAGUUGAUGGCUUGUGGAUAGAUAUGAAUGAAAUUAGUAACUUUUGCAAUGGAGAGUGCUCAUCUGAAGAUGACUCAGCAACAAUACAGCAAGCUCCAAAACCCACUAUCCCAUACAAUGGCUUUGAUCCUAACUCACCUCCAUAUCAGAUUGACAAUCAAGGGAAUAGGGUAGCGCUCAAUGUAAAGACCAUUUCAACAGAUGCAGUUCAUUAUGGAGGAGUACUGGAGUAUAAUACUCACAAUUUGUUUGGUUUAACCGAGUCAAUAGCUACUAACUUAGCACUGGAAGACAUAAGGAAAGCUCGGAGUCUCGUUAUAAGCAGGUCCACAUUCCCAGGUUCUGGAUCUCAUGCUGGACAUUGGACAGGUGACAAUCAUGCCGAUUGGGAGAACAUCUACACAAGCAUCCCUGAUGUACUCAACUUCCAGAUGUUUGGGAUUCCACUAAUAGGAGCUGAUAUCUGUGGAUUCGCAGGCAGCACUAACGAGGAAUUGUGCGGUAGGUGGAUGCAGUUAGGAGCAUUCUAUCCUUUCUCUCGUAAUCACAAUGCAAUUGGAGAUGAUCCACAAGAGCCUUAUCGAUGGUCUUCAGUUGCUAACAAAAGUCGUGUUGCUCUUGGCAUUCGCUACAGUAUACUUCCUUACUACUACACGUUGUUUUAUAAGGCUCACAGGGAUCCUGAUCCUAAAGACCCAGCUGCUGUUGUCCUCAGACCGCUGUUCUUUGAUUUCUCUGAUGACAGUAACACGUAUGAAAUUGAUAAACAGUUUAUGGUCGGUGGUUCCUUGCUCAUUAGUCCUAUAUUAAAACAAGGUGCUUCUACAAUUCAAAUAUACAUCCCCAGUGGAGUCUGGUAUGAUUGGUACAGCUGGCAAGUGGUGACUGAUGAAGGGAAAAUGUCUAAAUCACUCUCAGUGGGUGAUGACAUACCAAUACACAUAAGAGGUGGCUCGAUCAUUCCCAUGCAUCAGCCAGCAAUGACAACAGCAGCCUCAAGGAAGACUCCAUUCUCUCUCCUUGUUGCUCUGGACAGCAGCGGAUCUGCCACUGGCGAUCUCUUCUGUGAUGAUGGAAACUCGCUGGACAUGAAAAGUUAUCUUUUUGUCGAUUAUUCUGUGGAUGGAAAAGAACUAAAAGCAACAGUUUCUGGGCCUGGAUAUUCAGGUAGCCUAUCUUCACUGGAUGCUGUUAAUAUAUUAGGAGUGGGCACUAAACCAAACUCUGUGAUGCUCAAUGGUCAAGCAGUUAGCAGUUUCACGUAUGAUGACUCAAACAAAAGCUUGAAAAUAACAAGUCUCAAUGCUGACAUGAGCAAAGACUUCACUAUAAAGUGGAUGUAGAGAACUGCAAUUGAUUGUGCUAGCUGUGUUUAUUAUAACUGUAGUAUUGUCAUUGUUGUUAUUAUUAUUGCUGAUUUUUAUUAUUCAUAUAUAAUUAUUAUUAUAGUUUUAUUAUGAUUGUCUAAAUUUUGAUAUAUUAUA